AUGUGGUCCAUCGCCCUUACAACAACCAUCUUCCUCACUCUUUCAGCCGCAUCCCCAAUCAAAAAGCUCUCCCACCACAAACAAGACACAGCCCUAACUGAAGCCCAAAUUAUCGAGAUCGCACCCACAUCCAAAACAUGCGAUAAUCCACCCGCCGAAGGCGAAUGCGCCACCGCCGAACAAGCGGCCAAGUUUGCCUCGCAAUCUUUCGAUAAUUACCAGGUGACCUCCAAAGCGGAGCAGGCCGCUAUCCUCAGUCUGAUGGCAUUUGAGACCGAUGAUUUCAAGUAUAAUAAGAAUCAUUUCCCUGGGGUGCCGGGACAGGGUACUCGCAACAUGCAAUCUCCUGACUACAAUAAAAAAUACGCCAACUCUAUCUCUGCGCUGAAGGACAAGGUUGCAGAAGUCUCGAAUAGUCCUGCUGAUCUAUUGGAUCUGCUUCGUGAGGAUGAGACUUAUGACUUUGGGUCUGGGGCUUGGUUCCUUACUACGCAAUGCUCGGAGGAUGUGCGGUCUGCGUUGCAGGCUGGUGAUGAGAGUGGAUGGAAGAAGUAUAUUAGUGAAUGUGUGGGGACUACGGUUACCGAUGAGAGGAAGGAGUACUGGCAGAGGGCUGUAAAGACUCUUGGUGUGACAGACAACUAA